CCGGCUGGGAAGAGGCUCGAGGCACGCCUGUGACAUCAUUUCUGCGCGACCCUUCCUUUUUGGCCAGAGUUUUCCUGCUGCUCUUCAGAACUAUGCCUAAAGUGGUGUCCCGGUCGGUAGUCUGCUCCGACACCCGGGAUCGGGAGGAGUAUGACGACGGCGAGAAGCCCCUCCACGUCUACUACUGUUUGUGUGGCCAGAUGGUCCUGGUGCUGGACUGUCAGUUAGAGAAACUGCCCAUGAGGCCCCGGGAUCGGUCCCGGGUGAUCGAUGCUGCCAAACACGCCCACAAGUUUUGUAACACAGAAGACGAGGAGACUAUGUAUCUUCGGAGGGACACCAGUCAUAUUGGAUUAAGGGCACAUCCUACCCAUCUGCAUGACCUCAUCGUAACUAAUUAUAUCUGCAAGGACCCUCUUUCCAAGCCUGAAGGCAUUGAACGACAAUACCGGAAGAAGUGUGCCAAGUGUGGACUGCCACUCUUCUAUCAGUCCCAGCCGAAGAACGCUCCUGUGACCUUCAUCGUGGAUGGAGCAGUGGUCAAGUUUGGCCAGGGUUUUGGCAAAACAAAUAUCUAUACCCAGAAACAGGAGCCUCCUAAGAAGGUGAUGAUGACCAAACGGACGAAAGACAUGGGCAAGUUCAGCUCUGUCACGGUGUCUACGAUUGACGAAGAGGAAGAGGAGAUCGAGGCUAGAGAAGUCGCUGACUCGUACGCGCAGAAUGCCAAGGUCAUUGAAAAGCAGCUGGAGCGCAAAGGCAUGAGCAAAAGGCGGCUGCAGGAGCUGGCUGAACUGGAAGCCAAGAAAGCGAAAAUGAAGGGGACCUUGAUUGAUAACCAGUUCAAAUGAUCAGGACCUUUCUCUCAACCCACACUGGAGAUCACGAGGAAAAAGAACUUUUUCUUGACUGCAUGGACUGCUGUCUACCUUUUUGCCCCCGCAGAAGGCUUUCCAUUGCUUUCCAUUGAUUUCUCCUACCUUCAGUGAGGUCUUUGAGUCCAUCUGACCUGCUUUCUAGAGAUGGGGUUUUUUUUUUCACCAAAUCUUUCUGUAUAUAGGUCCUCGGUACUAUUUUUGGUCCAUUUGAUAUAAACUUCUUCAGCUGUGUAGAAACUCUCUGAGUACAUCAGUGCUUGAGAGUCUCCAGUUUCUAAAGUAGCUGUUCUUAUACCUUCUUCAAAGUUAAUAAAACGCGUAAAGAUUUUUGAAAAAGAUACUAUGAUGUGUCACAGAAGAAAGUGGCAUGAAUUAUAUUUAAAGCCAUAGCAAGUCAGACUCUUUGAAGUUGAAGUGACUCUCUUCUAUUCUUAGACUGGCAGGUAUCAGCUCUGGUUUGAAUCUCUCUGCUGUCGGAAGAAAGUCCAUAAAAAGCCAGAAUGUACGUAGAGCUUCCUUUACUUGAUGUUCAGAGAAACUUGCCCAGUCACAGACUCCAGAAACAGCACAGCCUUGCUUCCUGUACUUCAAAUAUUAAAGCUCUGGGUGAGUUCUUCCUUCUCAGACUUUGUACUUACGAAGGAACAGCCAGAUGAGAGUGGGCGGGGGCAGGGCAGCUCGGCUCCAGAUGGAAAUGGGGUCCCGGUAAGCAGCCUCAGCUAAUAACUGCCAUCCCUUCACGCAGCUGACAAGAGUAUGGGAGGGAGACGUAGAGGAAGAAACGAUACUGAGACAAAGGGGCCUGUCGGCCAUCGGGUAUUUCACAUUCGCUAUCCGUAGAGGAGUGUUGUAUAGUUAGACACUUAAUGCCCCGCUCUUUCGGUGGUGUCAGUACGUAGUGUUGUGUAGGUGGUUUUAUCUGUUGCCCGGUAUGACGAGCUGUCGGGGCAGGAAGGGCACUUGAACCUCGUUGCGUCGUCUGCCGUGGGUUCAGUCGCCCCAGACGUGUGUGUGAGGUGCUGUCGGGAAAUAAUAGGGCAUUUUUCUCUGCCUUUUUUUCCCCAGCUUCCUUAUUUGGAAGGAGAAGUAGGUUGGAGUAGGGGUGGACGGGAGUUAGCAAGAAGUGGGAGAAGGGGAGGGGGUGGCGGUCCGGGGACAGCCCCGGGCGGGGCCGUGUUUCCAUCUUCCCAGUUAGCCUCCUGCACCCAGCGGGCUCUUUGCAUCUGAGGCGCCCCUCCCCACCUCAUUUCCUGUCCUCACCCUGAGAGGUGCUUAGAGACCAUGCGGGUAGUCGGCUGUAACCUCCGCACAGUUCCUUGACUGCGCCUCCAAACGGUGACCUUUACCUUCACGCUAGCCACGAACCGCCACGACCACAGCCCGGCGGGCCUGUCCCGCCACCUCUGAAAGCCAAGAUUCUGGAGAUCCAGAGCUCUGUUCUGGGACCACAGCCUCCACCUCCUCUCGCUUCCACUAGCCCUGUUCUGUUUGGUUUUUGAUUUGAAGGGUGGUUACUUCCUCAUUUUACAAAUGAGUAUCUCAGGCUCUGGGAGUCAUAAGUGUCCCGAGAUCCCAUAGCCAUCAAGUGAUAAAGCCAGAAAUCUGACUGCAGAACUAGGCUGAACUGCCUCUCCUGGGGGACUUGUAAGAAAUAUAUUGUUGACAACAGAUAGCAGUUUCAUUUUGAGAAACCAAGUAAAAUGCGUUGUGAAGACACUUACGUGGGGGGCUCCCUGUAGGACAUGUGUCGUUACCUUUCCACACAUUUUCCGAAAUACUCGUCCUUAGAUACUAGCCCUAAACCGUUGGAGCAUCUGGUUCAAAUUGUGCAUUUUGCUUCAUCUUUAAGACUGCCAAUCAUUAGGUCAUUAGCACUAGAUAAACACGGGCCCUUUAGUGUUUUAUUCUCUCGUUCUGAAAUGCUUAUUGACAUAGUUUCUCUAUUACCUUUAUUUUCUUGUAGAAUGUGAGCAGCAAAUACAGGGUUUUAGUGUUAGGAUAAAGAGCCAUGUGGAAAUUUUGGAGUCUUACUCUGUGCGUGUGUGUGUUUGCACAUUGUCAACUGUCAUAAAAUAGUAAAAUGUAAAAUGUUUAAUAGCUGUAAUCAUUGGUGACAUUUGGAAGUGUAAUGAUACUGCAUGAGAGAAGUUAAAAUGCUUUUUAAAAACGA